ACCGUUCAUUGGUUCGUCGUUGGUUCUACCAUAUGUCUCUAUGGCUCCCUCGCCCUUCGCCCGCCUUGCUCGUCCGUUCCUAUAGCCACGUCCUGCGCAUACACCCAGGCCCCGUCUUUCCACGUAUAUAUCACCGUGCAGCCCCUUCCUCUCGUCGUUUCCAGAGCACAAAAUCUCCCGAACAACCAGCGGCGACCCCUUCAACGGUAAAGUCUAGUCCACCCGUGAAGGAAACACCCAAGAGCCCCCUACUGCCUCGCGUCUGGAAAAAAGUCAAGCAUGAGGCCGCCCACUACUGGCACGGCUCCAAGCUUCUCGUCUCCGAGGUUCGUAUUUCAGCGAGGCUGCAGUGGAAAAUAUUGCAUGGAGAGGUUUUGACGAGGCGAGAGCGGAGGCAGCUCAGACGGACAACCCAAGAUCUCUUACGCCUUGUACCGUUCGCAGUGUUCAUCAUCGUGCCGUUCAUGGAAUUGUUACUCCCUGUUGCGCUCAAGCUUUUCCCCAAUAUGCUGCCCUCUACGUUCGAGGACAAGUUUGCUGCUCAAGAAAAGGAGCGCAAGCUACUCCGUGUCAGACUCGAAAUGGCCAAGUUCCUUCAGGAGACACUGCGUGAAUCGGGUUUGAAGGCCAAUGCGCAUAUAGUAGGCAGUGAAGCAUUCAAAGAAUUCUUCCGAAAGGUUCGUUCUACUGGCGAGUCACCAUCCGCCACCGAUAUCAUCAAUGUAGCCAAACUCUUCGACGAUGACCUCACUCUCGACAAUCUAUCUCGUCCUCAACUUGUCUCAAUGUGUCGGUACAUGGGUUUGAACGCGUUUGGAACAGACAACUUCCUCCGAGGCGCCAUUCGGUCGCGACUUUUGCAUAUACGUCGGGAUGAUCAGCUCAUUGAAUCGGAAGGCGUCGAUGAGCUCUCCACAGCCGAGCUUCAAGCAGCCUGCCAGUCGCGCGGCAUUCGCACCUCUGGCGUUUCUCCCGCAAGACUACGAGAAGAACUUUCGACAUGGAUCAAUUUACAUCUGCAUAACAGAGUCUCCGGUGUUCUCCUUGUUCUAGGAAGGGCUUUCCACUUUGAUAGAAAGGCGGGCGAGAAUGAGGAUGGAAAGACAAAUGUCAUCAAGAGUUUGGAGAGCGUCCUGUGUGGUCUGCCUGACAACUUGUUGAACGAAGCCGAACUCGAGGUUGAUUCAGACAAAGCCAGCUAUAAGCAGAAACUUGAGGUUCUGCAACAACAGGAGGAACUCAUUGAGGAUGAAGAAGAGCAAGAGCAAAAAGAGGAAGACGCGCGUCGUGCAAAGAGGGAAGCAGAUGAACUUGAGGCGGAAACUGCCCGUGCACUUCUUCCUGAUUCUGAACUUAUGCCGGAAGGCAUCGAGUCAGAGGAUGCUCGCAUGACCUCAGAACAAUUAAAGGAACUUGCUGAAGCCCUGUCCGUCCUAUCGGCAAAAUCCAGCGUUUUGAAAGAACGCGACGAGCUGAGAGCGGUGAUGGAAGAAAAUCUGAUGGCCGAAGAAGAUCCCAAGUCACCUUCUGGCGCGCUGACGAAACGUAUACGGACUAUGCUCACCAAGAUCGAUUCUCGGAUGCAAGACUACGACUCGCGAGUGGGUAGCUCCUUGCAGAUGAUCUCUGCUGAUGCACAAGGGCGGAUUUCGGUGGAAGAUCUCGAAAAGGCACUGGCUGUGAUAAAGCACAAGCCUGAUGAUGAAGUUGGCCAAGCUGUGAUUCAAAAGCUUGACGUGGACAAGGAUGGUUUCGUGGAGUUGGAGCAUGUCCUUGGACUGGUGAGGGAAGAGGGAUUGGGUAUUGUGGUAGACGAUGAGGCACAGACGCUCAUUGGACUCGGGAACGAAAUCAAAAAUUCAAAACCGCGGAAGGAAGACAUUGUGCAGGAGGCUUAGAUGUUGGAAUUUAGACAGGUUAUACUUAUGUAUUCAAGUAAUACUGCCGUAGUAACGUAUAAUGCUUAAGCCUGGAUGUGAGCAGAGGGAAGAAUAGAAGAUAAA